AUGGUGAAUGGGCAUGAUGAUCGAGAUGAGACCUUUUGGGCACCGGGAACAGUCACCCUCGAAGAUGUUCACCGGACCAGCGACCAGCUUGUCCUUUUUCCUACGCCCUCGGCCGACCCCAAUGAUCCCUUGAAUUGGUCAACUGCUCGAAAGAUCCUAAAUUAUACCCUUGUCAGCUUCUUCGUCCUGUGGACCUUCGUUCAACUGGACAUAGGGUUCACAGCAUGGGGCCCUAUGGAAGAAGAGCUUGGUUUCUCCGUCGAUAUUCUCAAUGCUGGCGCGGCAGUCAAUUAUGGCGGGUUGGCUAUUGGAUGCUGCUUUUUCAUUCCACUCGUCCAUAAAUACGGUCGCCGACCGAUCUAUCUAUUCAGUACAGCGCUGCAACUUGCAUCCUGCAUUUGGCAGGCGAAGACCUACAGUGUUGGUAGCUUCAUGGGCGCUAAUCUGAUCUCUGGACUGGGUGGUGCUAUAUCUGAGGUCAUCGCGCAAAUUACCGUCGCAGAUAUGUUUUUUGUCCACCAACAUGCUACCAUGAACGAAUGGUUUGUUAUAUUCCAGUCUGCAGGGGCGUUCCUUGGACCCGUUGCAUCCGGUUAUAUCGUUGACUCGCAAGGAUGGCGGUGGAUGUGGUGGUGGUGUGUGAUAUUUUUCGGUAUCACCUUACUCUGCGUCCUCUUUCUAUUCGAGGAGUCCAAGUUUGUGCCUGUCCUCAACGGUCAGAGCGUCAUGCCUGCAAUUCCCGCUCCUGAGACUGAGCUGCCGGAUGACUCCAAGGCGAAGUCUGCUGGUGAUAGCAAAGCCGCGACUGAACAAGUGGCCGCCAGUCGGGUUGCAACUAAUCUGGAUAUCAAGCCAAAAACAUACUUUGAAAGGAUGGCUCUCUUCACGCCAACCGAUGAAUCGCUGCUCCCUCAUUUCUGGCAGCCAAUUGAGACACUAUUCACAUUCCCGGCUGUAACAUAUGCUGCUAUCACUUACGGCUCCACCCUCGGUAUAUUCGCAAUAAUGACGUCAUUACAAGCGUCGUACAUGUUGCUACCGCCAUACAACUUCGACGCGAUUGGCAUUGGUCUCAUGAACCUGGCACCAUUUGUUGGCGCUGUUCUGGGCUUCCCUGUUGGUGGUUACCUGAGUGACAAAUCCAUCCUGUGGCUUUCCAAGAAGAACGGUGGUAUCUAUGAGCCCGAACAGCGUCUCUGGUUGGCCCUUCCUACUGUAAUACUAGGACCGGCAUCGAUUUUGCUAUUUGGCCUUGGCCUUGCCUACGGCGUACAUUGGUCCUGCCUCGCUGUCGGCUUCGGUGUUUUCGGUUUUACGCUGUCUUCUAUUAGUGGUGUCUCGCUUUCCUACCUCAUGGAUUGUUAUCAGGAUAUCAUUGGCGAUGCUCUGGUAGGGGUUAUUUUUAUGCGAAAUAUCAUUUCUGUGAUUAUCUUGUUUGUCAUCACGCCAUGGGUCAAUGGCAUGGGUAUGCAGAACCUCCACAUCCUCGCAGCGGUGGUAGCCUUCUUCCUGUAUCUCAUUCCAGUGCCUCUGCUCAUCUGGGGGAAGAAGGCCCGAGUCGCGACUGCUGCACGUUAUCGGAAAAUGGCUGCGAACCAAAUCGGUCGCCGAACAGUCUGA